AUGUCUGAUUCCGAAGUAUCAAGGAGCCAAUAUGACGCAUCUCAGUUCGCCAACCCAUUCAUCGAUUCAGACUUUCCACAAACAGAUGAAUCCUCAGACGUGCUGAGUAGUCAGAGCAUAGCACAUUCGACUCCUGUCUCAGACACUCCCCCUUCCCCUCGAUAUCCUCGUGCCCCCGACUUACUACAGCGCGUCGGCAAACUCUUUCAACCAUCUUAUAUUCUCUACAACUGCGACAAAACCGAUCCCAUGAUGGAGAUGUCUCAGAUACAGUUUGUGAAAUGGUGGCUAAUGACUGAGUUUGGCAGCAAGAAAGAACUGCAGAAAUCUAUUAGAUGGGAUACUAUACUGAAAAAGUCUGAUGUUUGGAGCUCAUUUGAUCAGGUUGCAAAUGCGCGGACUGGCGAGCCCAAGGUUAUGUGCAACCGCUGUCAAAGUGUGGUUGUUCACCCAAGGUUUAAUCGUUCUGGUCCCUCUCCCAUGAAGAACCAUCUUAAUACAAGCACAGAAUUCAGCCAGACAUCCCUUCAGAAGAAGAUCCUCAAGUUUAUCACGACCACCCGUCUCCCAUUCCGCACUGUUGAGCACCCGGAGUUCAAAGAGCUUCUGCAAUGCACCAGGCUCGCCACAUCAGAGCUCAAUAUCCCGUCCGCCCGCAGUUUGAAACGUCUUUUAGAUAAUGAAGUCCAGGCACAGCAACAGAGCGUGCUCAGUAAGCUUCCACCUGGAAGCUCUCUCUCUAUUGCACUUGAUUGCUGGACCUCUCCGUUUGGCCAGGCAUUUAUGGCCAUCACUGGAUACUUCCUCGACCAGGACUGGAAUUACUGUGAGGUUCUUCUUGGAUUUGAGCAUAUCCAAGGAUCCCAUACUGGGACUCAGCUAAGUGAGACUGUUAUCCGAAUCUUGCAAGAGCAUGGUAUUACCGACCGAGUAUUAUCAAUAACAACUGAUAAUGCAUCAAAUAACAACACAAUGAUUCACGGUGUUCAAGAGAUGGUUCAGUCCCAGGCUCUUCACAAUACCUCUGUUUUCCGAGUACCAUGCAUUGUGCACGUUAUACAACUUAGCCUGAAAGACCUCCUUGGAAAGAUCAAAGCGAACCCAAAGAAUGCAGAGGCCGAGUCAGAGUGGUCAGAAGAACGUACGAAGUCGCUACAGUCCGCUCCAGGUUACGCUUCAGGGAAUAUCGUGGCUACUUUGAAGAAGAUUCGAGAGCUCGCUGUAUUCAUUACCGCUAGUCCUCAGCGCCGAGAGGCUUUCCGGGCGCUUCAAACAAUAGAGCCCAAGCUUCUACCGAUUCAGGAUGUCCGUACACGCUGGAAUUCUACUUUCUUAAUGCUCGAACGUGCCAAGAAACUACAGCGAGUCUUCAACCAGUACUGUUCAACCCACCAAUACGUUCAAUUUCAGCUCGGCCAAGAGGAAUGGCGCCAAGUGGAGUAUCUCCUUUUGGUCACAAAGCCUUUCUUUCAUUACACCAAGAUCUUGUCCAAGACUCAAGAUGUUACUGUUCAUUCGGUCUUCAGCAUCUAUAAGGAGCUCUUUAACCAUCUUGAUGAUGUUGCGGAGUUACUAGAACGCAAGACUGUCCCUUGGAAAAAGAGAAUGCUUCAGGCACUACAGGCAGCGAAACAGAAACUCUCAAAGUACCACAGAGCGACCGGCAGUGAAUCGUUUGGCACAGUUUAUGCAAUUGCAACUAUUCUGUGUCCAUCGAAGAAGCUUCGGUUUUUUGAAGGCGAUGACUGGAAAGAGAAAAACGAGAAGGGAGAAGAUAUCAAUUGGAUGGAGAUCUAUCGGGAUAAACUACAGAAGGAAUUUGACCAAUAUCAACAACGCAUAACCCGCCGCAAGGAGCCCUCUCAAGCCCAAGUCUCUCAAGAAGUGGACGAAGAGGAGCUUGAUCUGAUGAUGGAUUUGCACGCUUCACACAGUGAAAUUGACCGACCGGAGGAUGAGAUCACACGAUAUCUUGCACAGGGUCUUACCAAAGGAAAGCCAAGGGUGUUCUGGAAGGAGCAUGAGCAUGAAUAUCCAGUGCUUGCAGCGAUGGCGCGGGAUAAUCUGGCAACACCUGCUAGUGGCGCUGGUGUUGAGCGGCUCUUCAAUUGUGCUCGUGAUGUCUGUCACUAUCGCCGGGGGCAGCUUAAACCAGAAACCAUCAGGUCUCUAAUGCUUCAUCUGUUCGCAUCAAAGUUCGAGCUUCAACAAACCGAGCUCGAGAUGAUCAAGGAGUAUCUCUCUAGCGGAGAGGUUGCCAUACUCGAUCAGACAUGGAAACCAACUCCGUCGCUUCACGAUAUCGAGCCGAUCAGUGAAAACGAAGAAGAUAGUAACCAAGCGGAGGAUAGAUCGGAUGACUCAGAAAAUGAUUUGGGAUAUAGUUAUACAAUUAAGUAG